GAUUCAUUAAUCAUUGCAUUGCAUUUGCAAUUAACAUUAUUGAAGAAAAACUAAUCUUUAUCGUAAUAUUUAUAAAUCUUAUAUUUGAGUUAAACUUAAAUCGGCGCUUCCUUAUUUAAUGUAAUAGUGAUGGCUAUUCUACAUAGAGCACUUUUUACAUGGUUUAUUUUUCUGGUUUUCCUCAUUCUUCUCUGCUUACGAUUAGAAUCCAGAACUCAUUGGAAUUGGUUUAUAGUAUUUAUUCCGAUGUGGGUUUAUGAUAGCAUACUUUUAAUAUAUGUCGUAUUCCACAUGGUAUCACAUUGCAGAAAUGGUAUCGAGAGAUUUCGUGGCACAAUAAAUAAAAAUGUGUGGUAUAUCGCAGCGAUUGUUCUUAAAAUGGCAGCUCAGAUUGUAAUUUGCAUAAAAUUAGAGUACACAAAAAUUUAUCUGCCAAUAUAUGUUGUUAUGACACCUUUAUGGAUGUUACUACCAGUGCUAUGUGUGGAAGUUUUCAUGCACUUAAUAAAAAACUCCAGCAGAAGUAGUAGAUAUUAAGU